AAGAGAGAGAGGAAAGCAGAGCUGGGAAGGAGAGGAUUUUCGGGGGUCGCACAUUGGAGAGGCUGCCUGGCUCCAUCACCCAGAGGAAGAAGAAGAAGGGAAGAGAAGGAAUAAAGGAGGAGAAGAGAGGAAAAAAAGGGUUAGGGAAAGAGCCCAGCCACCAGAGCCAAUGCAUGUGCCAUAGCAAGGGAAGGCAAAGGAAGAGAAGGGGGGGAGGUACCCGAAAAGGAGGCGGAGGAGGGCGCUUGCUUGCCUGCUUGCCUCCUUUGCCUCCUUCCUUCCCCAAUUCCUUCCUACCCUCCAAGCAAGGGAGAAAGAAACCAAAUCGCUGAAGGGAGAGCAAGCAAGAAGGACUCGUGGUCUUGGUGCCAACCUGCCCGCCUCGUGUUUGCAAGGCUUCUCUGCCUCUCUCGACACUGAAGGAAUUCCGCAGCCAGACGAGCCUCCUUUGCCAUCCUUCCUUCCUUCCUCCCGACGGUCCGACGCGCCAGGGAAGGGGAGAAAGGAGAAAGGAGGACAGGCUGAGGAAAGGAGGAGGCUGUGCACAGAUCCUGGAAUGGGAUAAGGUUGUGAAGACGAUGCUUACAUCCCCUCAGCUGAACAGACCAGAAGAUGGCAGACAUCAUGUAGAAAAUGUUUGGAAACAUCCACUUGAUCCUCCAUUUGAUUGCUUUGCUGCCUCCAAAAGACUUCUUCAUCACUUUUUAACAACACUCUCACCUGGUCAUCCCAUCAUGGUCCAUGCACUGGCUUAAACCAUUUCCUAAAAUGCUCCUUCUGCUUGUUAUCUUGUUAUUGAAGGAAGAUGUCUGUGGCAACGUUGGCCUUUUGGUUUCUGCACAGUCCAAUGAAAGAAGGGUGGUGGCCCACAUGCCGGGUGACAUUAUCAUUGGAGCUUUGUUCUCUGUCCACCAUCAACCGUCCGUUGACAAAGUCCAUGAGAGGAAGUGUGGAGAGGUGAGAGAGCAAUAUGGCAUCCAGAGAGUGGAGGCAAUGCUACAUACCCUAGAUAGGAUUAAUCAAAACCAAACACUCUUGCCAAACAUAACUUUAGGUUGUGAGAUCCGGGAUUCGUGUUGGCAUUCAGCGGUUGCUCUUGAGCAAAGUAUUGAGUUCAUCCGGGACUCUCUUAUCUCAGCAGAAGAGGAGCAAGGACUGAUGAAGUGUGUGGAUGGAUCAUCAUCUUCAUUCCAUUCCAAGAAGCCUAUCGUUGGUGUCAUUGGACCUGGGUCCAGUUCUGUGGCAAUCCAGGUGCAAAACCUGUUGCAACUUUUCAACAUACCUCAGAUUGCCUACUCAGCUACAAGCAUGGACUUAAGUGACAAGACCUUGUUCAAAUAUUUCAUGAGAGUGGUACCCUCGGAUGCUCAACAGGCUCGCGCUAUGGUGGACAUUGUCAAGAGAUACAACUGGACUUACGUAUCUGCUGUACACACUGAAGGAAACUAUGGUGAAAGUGGAAUGGAAGCCUUCAAAGACAUGUCAGCCAAGGAAGGGAUCUGCAUUGCCCAUUCCUACAAGAUCUAUAGCAAUGCAGGAGAACAGAGCUUUGACAAACUGUUGGAGAAGCUAAGAAGCCAUUUACCCAAGGCAAGAGUUGUGGCGUGCUUCUGUGAGGGCAUGACUGUGCGAGGACUGCUUAUGGCUAUGAGGCGCUUGGGACUGGCUGGAGAAUUCUUGCUCCUGGGCAGUGAUGGCUGGGCAGACAGGUACGACGUGACAGACGGCUACCAGCGUGAAGCUGCUGGUGGAAUUACAAUCAAGCUCCAGUCUCCUGAUGUCAAAUGGUUUGAUGAUUAUUACCUGCAGCUUCAACCAGAUACCAAUCACCGAAACCCAUGGUUUCAGGAAUUUUGGCAACAUCGAUUCCAGUGCCGACUACCAGGGUCCCCACAGGAGAAUCCAAAAUUCAAUAGGACUUGCAGCAGUAAUCUGACUUUAGAAACACAACAUGUGCAAGAUUCAAAAAUGGGCUUUGUGAUUAAUGCCAUAUAUUCCAUGGCAUAUGGCCUCCACAAUAUGCAGACGACACUGUGCCCAGGCUACGCAGGUCUUUGUGAUGCUAUGAAACCAAUCGAUGGACGGAAGCUUCUGGAGGCUCUUAUGAAGUCAAACUUCACUGGGGUUUCUGGGGACAUGAUCUCUUUUGAUGAGAAUGGAGAUUCACCAGGACGGUAUGAGAUUAUGAAUUUUAAGAAAAUGGGCAAGGAUUACUUUGACUAUAUUAAUGUUGGGAGUUGGGACAAUGGUGAACUAAAAAUGGAUGAUGAUGAAAUCUGGUCAAAGAAGGUUACCAUCAUCAGAUCUGUCUGCAGUGAACCUUGUGAGAAAGGAGAGAUCAAGGUAAUCCGCAAAGGGGAAGUCAGUUGCUGUUGGACUUGCACACCUUGCAAAGAAAAUGAAUUUGUUUUUGAUGAAUACACCUGCAAGGCCUGUGACUUGGGUUCUUGGCCCAAUGAUCAGCUCACUGGUUGUGAUUUAAUCCCAGUCCAGUAUCUGCGAUGGGGUGAUCCAGAGCCAAUUGCAGCUGUCGUAUUUGCCUGCUUGGGUCUCCUGGCCACCAUGUUUGUUACAGCUGUAUUCAUCCUGUACCGCGACACACCAGUUGUCAAGUCUUCAAGCCGAGAACUCUGCUAUAUCAUCUUGGCUGGGAUAUUUUUGGGCUACCUGUGUACUUUUUGUCUCAUUGCAAAACCUCAGAGGAUCUAUUGUUAUCUACAACGAAUUGGCAUUGGUCUUUCCCCUGCAAUGAGCUACUCUGCUCUGGUGACAAAAACCAACCGGAUUGCACGGAUCCUGGCUGGCAGCAAGAAGAAAAUCUGCACCAAGAAACCUCGAUUCAUGAGCGCCUGUGCCCAAUUGGUCAUAGCGUUUAUCUUAAUAGGCGUCCAGCUGGGCAUCAUUGUGGCUCUCUUCAUAAUGGAGCCCCCAAAUAUCAAGCACGAUUUUCCAAGCAUUCAAGAAGUAUAUCUGAUAUGCAACACCACCAACCUGGGGGUCGUGACUCCCCUUGGAUAUAAUGGCUUGCUCAUUUUAAGUUGCACCUUCUACGCAUUCAAGACCAGAAAUGUUCCGGCAAAUUUCAAUGAAGCGAAAUACAUUGCUUUCACCAUGUACACUACUUGCAUCAUUUGGCUGGCUUUUGUCCCCAUUUAUUUUGGGAGCAACUAUAAGAUUAUCACUAUGUGUUUUUCAGUCAGCUUGAGUGCCACUGUAGCCCUUGGUUGCAUGUUUGUGCCAAAAGUGUACAUCAUCCUUGCCAAGCCAGAGAGAAAUGUACGCAGUGCAUUUACCACCUCAACCGUGGUUCGCAUGCAUGUUGGGGAUGGGAAGUCCUCUUCUGCUACCAGCCGGUCAAGCAGUUUGGUCAACCUGUGGAAGAGGAGGGGAUCUUCUGGAGAAACCCUAAGGUACAAAGGCAGGAAGCUGGCCCAGCACAAGUCCGAAAUAGAGUGUUUCACUCCAAAAGGGAGUAUGGGAAAUGGUGGGCGAGCGACAAUGAGCAGUUCCAAUGGGAAAUCAGUCACUUGGGCCCAGAACGAGAAGACCACGAGCAGAGGAGCCCAUCUCUGGCAACGACUUUCCGUUCACAUCAACAAGAAAGAGAACCCCAACCAAACAGCCGUCAUCAAGCCUUUCUCUAAAAGCACAGACGGUAGUCGACACAGCAGUAGCAACACUCUUAGCCCAAACUUUCCCGAUUCCAGUGCCAAAACACUAUACGAUGUCUCGGAGGCAGAAGAACACUACCCAGCUCAGUACCGAGCUCAGACCCCUUCCCCUAUCAGCACGGUGAGCCAGCGGACUGCCUCGCUCAGCCGAACUGAAGACGAUGCCCCAACGUUCCAGUCUGAGCAAGCCCAGCAGAGCAGCUCCUCUCAAGGUUCUCUUAUGGACCAAAUCAGCAAUGUGGUGACACGUUUCACUGCCAAUAUCAGUGAACUCAACUCCAUGAUGCUUUCCACUCCAGCGCAGGGGAGCAUGGGGACAACUCCUCUGUGUUCUUCCUACCUGAUCCCAAGAGAGAUCCAGCUUCCAACCACCAUGACAACUUUUGCAGAGAUACAGCCUCUCCCUGCUAUUGAGGUCAACGGAGCAUCCCAGUCAUCACGCAAGCCAUCUUGCGGCAGCAUCAAAGAAGGCCCUUCAAUGGAAACUCCAACAGUGGCGAAGCCAGAGCUGGAAGAUUUGGUGGCUUUAACGCCACCCUCUCCUUUCAGGGACUCUGUUGAUUCCGGGAGUGCUUCGCCCAGUUCCCCAGCAUCUGAAUCUGCCCUUUGUAUGCCCUCCUCACCGAAAUAUGACUCACUUAUUAUAAGAGAUUAUGCUCAGAGUUCUUCUUCUUUGUGAAUGUAGUUGACAUUCAACCCCGGAUCUCGACAGCUUCAGGUCAAUAGGGAGGGGAGGCAAAGCCUCCGGGUUCUCCAGUGUUGAUAGACACAGUGAAAGUAAUGGCUCAUUUUUGGGGGGAAAUGUGGAAGAGAAAAUAGAAAUGACAGAUGGAUUAUGCUCUUUCCAACACACACAUACAAAAUAAAACUUUUAGCAGAUUUUUGUGGCCUUAAAAACAUGGGCUUUUAAAAGGAAAAGAGAAACACAGCUACACACACAGACACACAGAACCCAUUUCCUAGGGCUUAUAAAGAGUCUCUGAAAUUACUUACAUACUAAGUGCUUUGCAUUAGUGUCUACGAUGACCCUCUCAACACAUCCUGUGGUGAGGAGGGAGGAAAGGAAGUCAAGGUUAAGCAGUUGUCCAGUGUUUGUUUACUUGGAUUCCUUAACCCCUAAGUGAACCUUGACCUUUUAUCAAGACAUGAAAGACCAAAACAUUGAAUGUACAUUUUCUAACAGACUUUUAAGACCUGGGACCAAACAAUCCAGCUCCUAUUUUUGUGUGUGUGUGUCCAUUGAAGAUUUUCAUUUUUUAAAAAACAAAGAUCUCAACCCAUAUUAGUAACCUGUUGUGUAACUACGAAACUUUUUGCUUUGGUGAAAAUGAGUUACGUAGAUGGCAGUGGACCACGCGUUGAUCAACUCAGUUCUUGCCGUGUUGCAGCCAUUGACAAAAGUCACCGAGGGCUUUCUAAUAGACAUUUUGCCCAACAGAUAUGUUUAUGAGGGAAACAAAAUGAAAUCUCUUCAGUUAAGUAUCUAAUUUCAUUUCUUUGUUAACAUUGGAUUCUCUUCCAGAGCUACAGAAAUCAAGGAGGAUUUCCUGACUAUUUCACCAUGUUGCCAGCCAAUAAUGGAGUAGCAAAAAACAAACAAACAAACAAGCAAACAAAUAACAAUAAUAAUAAUAACAAUAAUAUUUUGUGGAGUGCUGUUUUAUAAUUCCCAGAUCAGGGCAAAUGCUGAGGUGAAGAUUUUCUUUCUAGUGACAUUGUGGAGCUAUAGCUAUGUUUCCAAGUGAGAUUCAUGCAUUUUUAUGGACAAUUCUUGCAUUGAUGUUGCCAGCUUGAAACUUUGAUCAGGCUCAAAGUUCUUUUGUUAUGAAAGAGGACAGCCAUUUGGGACUGUUCUCCUGACCAGCCUCUCCAAGGAGGCAGAUAGACAAUGUAAGCACCUUCCCAUCAAGUCCCUCCCACUAUGUCUUUUGAUUGGGAGACAAGAGUACCAGCCUCUGUCAAUCAGAGGAAACUGCAAUACAGGAGGCUGUGGGCUCCCUCUAGUUCAGUUCUCAAGGUGGUGUGGCUAAGCGGGUAAGCAGAACAUAGGAAUAAGAGCCUUUUGGAUUGCAAUUCCCAGAAUCCCCCAGAUACAAAGCUGGGGAUUUCUAGGAGUUGUAGUCCAUAAAUGUUACCUUUCUAAACUUUGGGAAGCACCGUGAGUAUUUCAAAGUUUUUUUUAAAGCUUUACUAGAGAUCCUCCCUUCCCACAAUACGCACAGACAAUGUUUUGUUUUGUUUUGUUUUGUUUUAUAGGAUGUUUUAAAGGCUAUGCUUCGGUUUUGUUUCCUCUCUAUAUUUGUUCAUCAUGGAUUGUUCAGAAGAGUGAGCAAAGGUAGGAGAUGCCUUUGAGGAUGUGUUUGUUACCUUAGAGUCCACUUUCUUGUAAAUAUAGGAUUGGACAGAAGCUGCUCGAAAUUGCCUAAGCAUAGAGACUGCUUUACAUAGCCAUCAGUUUUGGUGGACCAUCCAACAUGUGGCUAGAAGUGUGGAUGUUAAUCACAGGAGUUGCCCAGGUAAGUCCAACUCUAGGAACUGCCCGAAAGGCUGAAUCAGUUGAUCUGAGAUGAGAGCUUCAAAGGGAAACUUUUUUUGGGGGGACACAUUAUAGCAUUAAGAAAUCCUGCUGACUGACAUAUUAUGGAAUUUGUCAAGCAAAGAAAAGUCACUCUUCUAAGCUCUGAAUGAGGUCCCUAGUGGAAAAAGGACAGAGACAAGCAAGAAGCACACAUAUCUAUAUCACAUCUACAUGCAUUAUACUGGGCUCUCCAUAUGGAGCCAGGGCUGGCUCUACCAGUAGGCACAGUGAGGUGUCCAUCUCAAAUAGGAUGUGCUGGAGAAGGGAAGAAAGCACCUUGGUGUUGGAAAGGUGUAUACAGCAUGUCACCAGACCUGUGUCCUCCUAAGUUGGUAGGCUUCUCUCAGCUUCAGUAGAAGAUGUUGCACUCCAGCAUGCUGUUUCAUGAUGCACUUGAACUCUCAGAAAUUCUGGCUUAUAGUUCUUUUCCAAAGCUGUCCACAGGAUGAAGACGUUCUUCAUUCUGUCUGCUGCCAAUCAAUUUUAUGGGGUGAUACUAUGAGAGAUGUUCCCCUUUCGACUAGUCCAAAAAAGGACUAUAAUGUCUCAUAUUGAGAGUAUGGUCUCCUGCAGGCAUUGUCCAGUCAAUGAAAGUGUCUCUAAAUGAGAAGAAGGAAGAAAAUCAUAUAUCAAACACCAUCCUUGAUGAAGGGUCUGCUGGUCCCUGAAAACUGCUCACUUGUCCUGAGUGCCCAAGGAUCCUGGUUAGAUCAAUAGCCUGCAUACUUUUGCCAUUCACAUAUUGGUCCUCUUGAAAAUGUUCAAAGGAAACUAUUCCACUGUGACAGAGUAAUUGGUGGCACAUACACACCCAUCAAAUGAGUCAAUUAUUUUAUAUUAUGCCUUUUUCUCAAGAGUUAGAGUCAAGGUAAUUUGUACAAAGUACAAAAGAGAUACAGGUACAGCAUGGCUACUAUAUCCACAGGUAGUACUUUCUAGAACUUUGCGUGGAUAUGCAAAACGGGGCAAUAAGGAACCUAUUGAACAUUGCUCUAUGGCAAGCAUGGACAAGCUUCAGCCUUCCAGGUGUUUUGAAUUUCAACUCCCACAAUUCAUAACAGGCUACCAGUUGUUUGGAUUUGUGGAAGUUGAAGUCCAAAAUGCCUGGAGGGCCAAAGUUUGCCCAUGCCUGCUCUAUGGUAAAGUUCUGGUGGAAGAAUACUACUGAAUCACUUGGAGAAUCUAGUAAAUGGCUAGAGAUUACAUACUUUAUCAGAUGCACAUAAAUGAAACUGCAUCUGCAUGUCCUACAGACAGAGGCAGCUCAACCCAUUAUGUGAAGUA